AUGGGAGUCAUCAAAGUGAGUCCGGACACCGCGUCCCUCAUAUCCGCCUGCGAAAUGCUCGACGACAUGAAGAGCGAAUCGAGCUACACCUCUUCGGAAGAGGGCUGCGGCGGAGGAGAGCGUCACGCCGUCCUCAGCUACGAGCAAGUAAGGAGACUGAAUGACGUAAUGGACGAAGUGGUGCCCAUCCACGGGCGCGGCAACUUCCCCACCCUGCACGUCAGACUGCGUGAACUAGUCGCCGGAGUGCGAGCGCGCCUCGAAGCCUCGCAGACCGAGGGGGGCGCUGGCAUAGCCGUCAGGGACGUGCGCCUCAACGGCGGCGCGGCCAGUCACGUUCUCACGGACCAGUCUCAGCCCUUCUCGGACAUCGACCUCAUAUUCACGGCGGACCUGCCGACCGCACGCCACUACGACCGCGUCAAGACGGCAGUGCUCGGCCACCUCUCCACCCUGAUGCCGGCCGCCACCCCGCGCCGCCGGGCCUCCCCCGCCGGCCUCAAGGAGGCGUAUGUCUCGAAGAUGGUGCGCGUCAACUCGGACGGGGACCGCUGGUCACUCAUAUCGCUGGGCAACUCGCGCGGUCACAAAUCCGUCGAGCUCAAGUUCGUCGAUACGAUGCGGCGCCAGUUCGAGUUCUCCGUGGACUCGUUCCAGAUCGCUUUGGACUCUCUGCUUGCGUUCCACGAGUGCGCCCAGCUGCCCAUCGGAGAGAACUUUUACCCGACGGUCGUGGGGGAAUCCGUGUACGGAGAUUUUCACGAAGCGCUCCUCCAUCUGUCGGAGAAGUUGAUUGCCACGAGACAGCCGGAGGAGAUCCGAGGCGGAGGCCUGCUGAAGUACUGCGCUCUGCUCGCGAAAGGCUACCGGCCGGCACGACCCGACAAAAUCAAGAUCCUGGAGCGCUACAUGUGCUCGAGAUUCUUCAUAGACUUCCCCGAGUUAGGACAACAACGAGCCAAGCUCGAGGCGUACCUUCGGAAUCAUUUUGUGGGCCGAGAGGAGGAGGCGCUAAAGCACAGGUACCUGACACUGUUGCACGGCGUAGUACGGGAGUCCACCGUGUGCCUGAUGGGGCACGAGCGACGGCAGACGCUGGCGCUGAUCGAGGCUCUCGCGUGCCGGGAGCUGUGCGCGCGCACGCCCAUGCUGCUGCCUCCGAUGGGCGCCAUGGCCAUGCCCGUAAUGCAGGCGCCGCAGUACUACGUGUGCGUGUGCGCCGCUUGCGCCGCGUGCGCGGCCUGCGCCGCCUGUGCGCCAUGCUGCGAGUGCUGUCGCCCGCAGCUCUGCCCGGCGUGA